CCCGUUCCACUCCUCCCACUCCACCGGCAAUCCAAGCCUCCUCCCACCUACCUCCUUUGCUCGUGGUACCCCGUCUGAUUCUGAACACCAAAUUCCCCUAAGGAAAGAAAAAAGGAAGAAAAAUCUCUCACCGAGGAGCCGUUCGGGGUUCGGCCGAGCCUUUCCUCCCUCAGAAACCCUAAUCUUCCCCUCUCCUCCCGUCUCUCCUCCCUUCCCCUGUAAAGCCGCCGCUCGCAGCGAUGACGCCCCCCUUCCGCCCGUCCCCCUCCUCCACCGCCCCCGCCCCCCGCGGCUGCGGCGGCGAGCGCUGCGCCUCCGGCCGCGAGGCCUGGCCGCUCCACCACGUCCGCCACAACGACGUCUUCUGCCGCCUCUGCUCCUCCUGCGUCCUCCUCUACCACCCCGCCUCCUUCUGCUCGGCCUGCCUCCUCCUCCUCCACACGGACGCUGCCGCCGCCGCCGCCGCCGCGCAGGACCCCCACUUCGACCCCGCCGUCGCCCCGCCGGGCCCCACCGCCGAGUGCUCCAAUUGCGGCCUCUUCGUCGCCCAUGUCACCUGCAUCCCCGACCCCGUCUCCUUCGUCUGCCCGCCGUGCGCCGCCGAGGCCGAGGGCCGGCCCUUCACCUACGCGCCCGCCGCCCGCCGCGUGAUGGACGAGCGCGCCGCGCGGAUCCUCCUCAUCGCGGCGCGCCUCGCGCACGAGUCCAUCGGCCGCGCUGCCGCUGCCGCCCGCGAGGAGGCGGAGCGCCGCGUCCAGGAGGCGGCCGUCGCGCGGAAGCGCUCGCGGGAAAUGCUGGACGCUGCCUUCCGGGCGCUCGAGGAGGAGGCCAGGGCCGCCAAGAUCAAGGAGGAGGAGGCGGCGGCCAGGGAGGCCAAGAACAAGAAGGAGAAGCCCGCCGCGGCCCAGCCGCCCAAGAAGAAGACCCCUAAGAGCAGCGAGUCGAGCAGGGACAGGGAUAAGAUGCUCAAGUUCAAUGCCAUGCAGCAGCCGGCGCUGGCAUUUGCUGCGGCAGCCGCCGCCGCAGCCAGCUCAUGCGGCAGCUCAAUGCCACCAUUGUCAACCCCACCACCCAAGGAGGACAAGAAGCCGAUGAAACAGGAGGAGCAAGGUUCAACGGACACAGUAGCAGAUGAAGAUGUGAAGGGGUUGUUUGGGACCUUGCAAUCAUAACGUUGGGGUACCACAAUCGCCCAUCUGUUUGAUCUGCCUCCAUUUGUUUGUUGUUGCUAAGUGAACCGACAAGGAGGCUUUGCUUGAAUUUAAUGAAUCCCUACCCCGGAACCUCCUCACCGUAAAUUCUAGUCCUGUCAUGUUAGAUGAUCCUCUUAUUUAUGUAGCUGCUUCACCUUCGUGUCCUUUCGUUAUUAUACUCUAUUGGAUGAUAAUUUAUCGCAAUCAGUCUUCAGACUUGUAGACCGAGGAAACCUAAGCGAGUCGAAACUUUAUUAUUCCAUAUACUACACAGUUCUUUCUUUUU